AUGGGAGUUCUCCGCCCUUCUUACCAAGCAGGGACUUGGUUUCCUGGAACAGCUGCUGAGCUUCGCGCCGAGGUCGACUCGCUUUUGGAAUCGGCAGAGACCUUUCCAGGCACAGUGAAGGCCAUUGCUGUCCCGCACGCGGCUUUUGUCUAUUCCGGGUCUACGGCGGCCGUGGGCUAUAAACAAAUGCAAGCUUUGCAGCGAAGAGUGAAGCGCGUGCUGCUGCUGGCCCCGUGGCAUCAAGAGGGUUUUGGGCUGCUGCUGCCUCCGGAGGAGUUUACAGCUUUUGGCACUCCCAUAGUGCUUCGCGCGCUGCUCUCCACGGGCCUCUACGACACCGUUGCUGCAGCUGCAGAAAAAGACGAACAUUCCAUUGCUCUUCAAAUUCCCUUUUUAAAGACAGUGCUGCCAGAAGGGACUCUGUUGGUGCCUGUAUAUGUGGGAAGGCUGUUUAAAGAGGACUUGUCUAUGUACGCGGAGACCCUGGUUCCCUUCUUUAUGGACCCAGACACUGUGUUUGUAAUAUCGACGGAUUGGUCUCAUUGGGGCCCGAGGAGCAAUUACUCCUACCUGCCUGAAAACGUCGAUAAGUCGUUGCCGCUCUACAAGAAAAUACAAGCACUAGACCGCGAGGCAAUUGACUGUGUCGUCAAUCUCAACGGUUCCUGCCUCGAGGAGCACGUUGCGAAGACCCACAACAGAAUUUGCGGCUAUGACGCGUUGCUUUUGUUUUUGCGGCUGCUAGAGAGAGUGGCAGAAUCAUCUGGUCAACGUGCUGAAGACUUAUUUUCUGCUUCUCUUUUAGCCUAUUCGCAAUCAUCGCCGAUCCGCAGCGCAUCUGAAAACGCCGUUGGCUACGCAGCGAUUGGUUUUUACAGCGCGGAGGAAAUGAACAAAUGA